AUGAGUGACCGUGAGAGAGAACGGGAGGGAUGGGGCUACAAUGUUCCAAACCCCUUUCACCUGAGUGUGGCACUGAUAGACCAGGUCCUCAAUAGGGUGAAGAUCUCAUUAGCUGUUCUACAGCUCCUCGGCAUCACAUGUGUCCUCAUCGCUGCCAAAUAUAGAACGCUAAACCCCAUCACCAGUCUCUGUAAUCUGACAGACAACACUUACGAACCACACCAAGUUCUAGAUAUGGAGAAAUUCAUCCUCAAGGAGCUGAAGUUUGAUCUCAACAUCUGUGAACCAAUCAUGUUCCUCGACAGAUUUUUUGAGGUGGAAAAGGAAGAUAAGGAGGUAGAACAUCUGGCACAGUAUCUUCUAGAUUUGUCCUUAACCUCUGUCAACUUCACCUCGUAUGUACCAUCCAUGAUGGCUGCCAGUGCACUGCUCAUGUCCAGAAAGAUAUUGGGGAGGAAAGGUUGGACUACUGGCUUGGGAUAUUACACCAUGUACGCGGAGAAAGACCUCGUCAGGUGUGGCAAUGCUUUGUGUAGGUUACUCCUCAGAACCACCAACUCAAAAUAUCAGGUAAGUGAGACAUUGCUUCUCCACAAACAGCAAGAGGAACAAGUAUCUAUUUAAACUUUCUUAUAUACA